AUGGCAUCGAUAAACGUCGCAUCGCGGCCGAAACAGCCGUACGUCUCCGUAUCAUGCCCAUACACAACGUGCCGCUCGUCGAUCGAGUACCUGCCGCCGUCGGCCGCCGAGCUGGCUGCGCUGCCGUCGCACGAGACCUCGUUCACCGUCACAUGCUGCACGUGCUCCAAGCAGUUUGAGCCUCCGGGCGCGACGAAGCUCGUGCGCGAUGCACGCAAGUCUGGCGGCAAGGACGUUGCGCGCAAGCGCCGCAUCGGCACAGACGACAAUCCGCUCGACAUGACGUACUACGACAUCCUGGGCGUGCCGGCCUCGGCGACGCUCGAAGAGAUUAAAAAAGCCUACCGCAAGCUGGCGAUCAAGCUGCAUCCGGACAAGAAUCCGAACGAUGCCGAGGUGGAGGAAAAGUUCAAGGCGCUCGCCACGGCCUACCACGUGCUGUCGGAUGCCGAGUUGCGGCACAAGUACAACGAGUUUGGUGCCAGCACACCCGGGUUGACGCCCGAGGACGGGUUUGUGGAUCCGGAGGAGGUGUUCGGGUCGCUGUUUGGCGGCGAGCGCUUUGCGGACAUCAUCGGGACGAUUUCGAUCGGCAAGGAUAUGAAGGAGGCGUUGCAGCAGGAUUCGGACGAUCUCGAGCGUCAGGCCAACGGCGAAGAGGUCGCUGCGGGCGAAGGGUCGACCAAGCCCGUGUUGACGCCGGAGCAGAAGGCGGCCAAGGAGGAGAAGGAGCGCGUGCAGGCGGCCGAGCGCGACAAACAGAGGCAACAGCGCGUUGCAAAGCUCGUCGAGAAGCUGGUGCGCAAGCUGAGCAUCUACACGGAGAGCAUCCGGAGCGCCAACGAUCCGACGCUCGAGCGCGAGGUGGAAAAGUCCUUCCGCGAAAUCACGCGCAUCGACGCCGAGGAGCUCAAGCACGAAUCGUACGGCGUAGAGCUUCUGCAUGCGGUCGGCUUCGUCUACUCUGCCAAGAGCAAGCACUAUCUCGCCAGCACUGGCUUUCUGGGUUCGUUCGGCGGAGUUUUUCACUCUGCUGCAUCGAGUAUUCACGUUGUGCGCGAGACCGUGUCGACGGUGCGUGCGGCACUGGAGCUCAAGAGUGUCUUUGAGGAGCUCGCCAAGGCCGAGGAGCAGGGGAUCACGGUGGAGCGCAAGCGCGAGCUCGAGGAGCAAGCCGCCGAAAAGGGCAUGCGUGCCCUCUUCAAGGGCGCCAAACUCGAGGUGGAGAGCGUGAUUCGCGAAGUGAGCGAAGCGGUGCUCUACGACGCAAGCAUCGGUAAGGAGACCCAGAGACUGCGUGCCCAGGCCCUCGGCAUCGUCGGCGAGAUCUACAUGGCCGUCAAGAAGGACGACGACAAACCCGCCGAGGUGGAAGACUACGUCAAGGUCGACACCCAAGCGUCCAAACAGCGCGAAAAGGCACAGAGUCAGAGCUCGCCACCCCAGAAUCCGUGGUAA